AUGCCGCCCUGGUGUUGUGUGAAGUGGAGGUUUACGGCUUUGAAGGGCAAAAAUUGGGCUCAGUCGACCUUCGCCAAUCAAUCCUCAACGUAUGAUAGCCUGGGGCAGGCGAGCAACGCAAUCGACGGUAACCAUGACGGCGUCUACUCUAAAGGCUCGUGCUCACACACCAAGGCGGGAGACACCAAUCCAUGGUUGCAGGUCAACUUGCUACAGACGAUAGCAGUUUCCGGUGUCAAAGUGUACAACCGUCAGGAUUGUUGUUAUUGGAGACUUCAUGAUCUAGUCGUCAUAGUUUUACGCGGCCCUAUGGACGGUAAUUCCUGCGCGAGACAGCGGACAGUAAACAGAAACGUUUGUGUGUUAAACUGUUGGGCCCCCAUUGUAGGACACAUCGUUCAAAUUGUAAAAACUCGUCUCACUGGAGUCCACGAUGUCCUUACCAUAUGUGAAGUGGAAGUGUACGGCUGGAAAAUAGUUACGGAUCCUGAAUACCUGAAGAGUCGUGACAACUUCGCUAUUGGCCGUGAUACUUCGAUGUCCAGUGCCUCUGUUGGUGGGAAAGCGUGGCAGGCGGUGGACGGGAUCCUCGUAAAUACCUGGGGGAGUGAGUCCUGCAUAUCCUCCACAUUGGUGGAUCGCCAUCCAUGGUUCAAGGUUUCUGUCGGAGCCAUGUUCAUCGAAGCUGUGUUUAUCGUCUUCCGACUAGACUGUUGCGAACGUUACUUUAACAAACUAUACGUGUGGGUGGACAAACGGAUUCUGUGUGGCAGGCAGAUGGAGCCGUACAAAAGAGGCGCGGCGGUCGGUUACGCCUGUCCUCCCAACACGGAGGGUUCCUAUGUGCUGAUUGAAAAAGCUCCCAGACCACCAUAUAGCGAAGUCCUCACUCUGUGCGAGGUAGAAGUGUAUGGAUGUCGUAAAGAAGAUAAAAACUGGGCCCUGGGUUCGAGAGUCGUAAUAGAGGAUAUGGACAAUCACAAUGGAACAUCCUACGACGGACACUUUGUGACGGAUGGUGAUUUUUCCAACGGCUUCAAGCAAUCCAUUUGUCCCACUUUUAAAGCAAGCAAUUAUUUGUUGAUGACGAUCGAUUUAAGAGAUGUGUAUGUGUAUGUGGACAAAAUCGUCUAUAUCAUCGCAGUAGGUGACGGUGCUGAUGCUCCAAAAGAAUUGUUUAUUUCGCUGGUUAACCCGACGACACACUACACAAACGACGAAGCGUGUAAUCCUAUCUCUCGCAAUAACACUGUUCCGGGUCAAUACGUCACGACCACGUGCACGGGCUCUGCCCUCGACAGAUUGGCCAGUCGAAUUGUCAUAAAAAAGGCUUUCAAGACCAACUCCAUGUCAAUCUGUGAGGUAGAAGUCUAUGGACCAUUGGCUUUUCGCGUGUAACGCCUUUUUCUGAUUUGCCUAUUGUGUGUAACGCCUUUUUGUGAAGAGUGUAUACUGUAUGACACGGAAAGCGGUACAGUCCUCUCAUACUGAAAGAUAAAGGUGUUUGUUUUA